AUGUCCGAUUCAGCUCUGCUGCUCCUGAUACUCUUCCUCCUGCUGUGUUUGGUGCUGACCGUCGGUGGGCUGCUGGUGUACUCGGGGCUCCUCACGGAGGUGGCCAUUAAAACGGGAGCCCCUCCGAUUAGGAAUGUCACUGUCGCCUAUAAGUUCAAGCAGGGCGCCUACAAGGACAGCGGUGCAGCCUUCACGGAGACCUACAGCAUCGGCCCCAAACUCAGGGCCAUCGGGAUUUUCUACGAUGACCCCAAAAAGAUUCUUCCAGAGAAAUGUCGCUACAUAGUGGGCAGUGUCCUGUGCGAGGGUGAAGAGAAACCGGAUGAAGAGCUGCUGAAGCUUUACGAGAAGUUUGGCUUCAAGGUGUUUUCUCUACCGGAAGUGAGCCAUGCUGUAACCACCACCUUUCCUUGUACUACCAGUCUGUCCCACGUGCUGGCUGCUCACAGGGUUUAUCCGGAACUCGGUUCCUACAUUGAGGAGAGGAAACUAUGUGCCUUCCCAUUUAUUGAGACUUUCCACUCAGAUUUCAUCAACUACAUGGUUCCUCUGUGUCGCCAGAUGGACUUCUUUGUGCCAGAACUCACAGAGCAGGUCAAAACAGACGGGAAAGACGAGGACUCAGAUGAGGACAGAGGAACUGACAUUACAGGUGCAGAUUCCCACAGUGACGUGAGCUCAGUAAGCGGCGGUGUGCCUUGGGACAGCAGGGAGACUUCUCUGGCAGCUUCCACUGCUGCCUCUCUGGCCUCCUCUCUGCCCCUCAGAGACAUAAUGGACUCAAACGAAGACAAUAAGCACAGGGAGCACAGCGACAGAGGUUCAAACGACUCUGUAGGCAGCGGCUCAUCCUUCGAAGAACUUGACAUGGACCAGGAGGAGCUAGAGGAAGGAGACGGGAUGGAGGGCGAGAAGGAAAAAGGAACCCCUGAAGAAGAAGAAGAUGAUGAUGAAGAAGAAAAAGAAGGAGCUGAAGAAGAGGCUGGACUGGUUGCAAAGAGGAAGUUCCUGGGAGACGGAGAGGAGUAGGAAGGACGCUGGAGAAAUAAGGGACGUGGCCGUUUGAGUGGCAUGCUAGAGUGUUUCUCAGCUGUGCUGUUGUUGGUUAUCUGUCAGAGUUGUUGGUGGAUCUAAAGCUGUUCAUGCUGUGACCAACACCACCUUUUUCUGCACCUUCUAACAAAGCCUGUACUCUUUCUUAAACGUAAUCUCAGAUUUUAGGAGCCCUGGUUGUGUGUUUAGAUGCUGCCAGGACAGAGCAUCACUAGGGGAACCAGCACACGAUGUGCAGCAACAGGUGUUUUCAUUUCAACCAAGAUAUGAUGUAACUGUGGGUCCAUCUUCUACAGAUUUUUGGAAGAUUAAACGUAAAAUGCCUAAAAUUAGGAAUAAUUGGGUUUUUAAAUACAUAAACUGCUGCUGUUUUUGCAAUUAAACCCGAUUUCAAAUCGGGGGCAAUAAAUCAAGUUAUUGACAUCACCAGCUUUUCCUUCGAGGGUGGACAGGUUAUUUUUUCAUCACUCUAUACUCAGAUAAUCGCAUUUUAAUGCGAUCUGUCUUUCCAAAUUUACGUUAUUAACCCACUCUUCACUUAGUUUAUUUUCUUCUCAAUGUAGCCAGAGUUCAUCUCCUAUCAGAAUCUAGUUGUGAUCUCUUUGUAAGUUGAUAUUGUACUGGAAAUGUAGAAAUGUAUUGCCAUGUUUGUGUCCCUCUGUGUUGAAUAAAAUUUUCAAAUGGGAAUUGUACCUACAAAUAAUUAGUUUGUCUCUCACACGUGCAAAAUAAGACACUGACGCUGUUUUUUCUUCUUUCAAAGACAAUGGUUUGAACGCACCUCGAUUUCAAGCAGCUUCUUCCUGAAGUAUGAUUUGAUUUCCACUGCAACAGGCACAUAAUUUUGUCUGCGGUCUGAGGACAUUCUUGUUUAUCUGCUUCCCAGCAGUUACAAAAGACGUAACAGAGAGUGGGUGGCGGCGCUUUUCACAGGCCGGCAACAAGCGAGUGAGCUGCUCAUAAGUUAUUAAGCUUGCUCUUGGAGGCUGACUGUUUUCAAGGUUUCACAAUGGAAUGAUUGCUAGUUUUACUGCUUCACUUGAGUUCAGGUGGGAACAAAAUGACAGCUGCUAGAAUCAGAACUAAUGAUUUAUUAGUGAAGGUUAUGCAAAUAAAUCUCAGCUGUUUUAAGGCGAUCAUUGUGGAGCAAAUUCCUGUGGCAUGCUUGAAGCAUUUGAUGCAAAGAAUUUGAAAAACCUUAUAAAGCACAAUAACGUAAAGUGAAAUAUUAUUGUAUUGUAUUGCCACAGUUGAACUUGUUUUGGUCUGUCAUUGUCUGAAAGGUUAAAAUAAGAUAUUUACAUACAAUUU